AUGGGGGACUCCCUUCGAGGUGGCCAUGUUUCUGUGGUCUUUUGCAUUUUUGUGUUUAAAAAGUUAAAGGUGCAAUUUAUUGCUUGGUUAAAAUUAUUUUUGACAUCUUAGUGUUUAAACAAACUCGUUUGCUGUCUUGCAUUGGAGCUUAUAGGCUUUAUAUCUGAUGUCCACCGCAUUAUGUUCUUAGCCAGCCGUUUUGUCCGCCGAAUGCUAUAUUUCAUUCACAUUUGGAAAAUACUCACCCCUUAUUUUAAGCUAUUCGUUGCAUGAUUAUGCAAAAUUUUGUCAAAAGGUCAACCUCAGCAGCUGCCAAUGGCGUCAGUUUUGCCUAACUCUCCGGUCCGGUUUGGCAUACGCCCAGUGGACGCCAAUGUACCGCGAAAUACCCUGGUUAGUUGCGUUUUUUAAACCAUGAGUUUGGUUUAACCUCAUGCAGUUUUUAUAUUUUAUUUUUUCGUGCUUUUGUUGCUAUUCGCAAUGCCUGUGAACCACCUUCAAACUAACGUCCCUGUAAGAAUGGUUGAAUAUGCUGCAAUAAUUUAUUUUUUUAAGAUAUGAAGUUUCGUUUGCUCCCCUUUGCCUCGCGAUUUCGAUAAAUAUCUCGAGCGUGCUUUUAUAUGCGUUUUUCUACGGAAGGUUCGUAAAAUUGCUUCUGUAACUAUCCAAGGGCAUACACUGUCCUUAUUAUGGUCGACAUGCAUUUUUUCUUUCACUGUAAAACAUAGUGCCCAAUGACCUUCGUACCUUAAUCUCGGUUAUUGAUGUACGGUCUCUCGCCUUUCGCAGUCGUAUAAGCAGGCCGUGUUGUCUUUGUUAUCCACUGCACUCCGUCGGAAUUAUUAGGAUACCUAUUAACUUCUAUUUUGCCAACUUAAGAUAUUCAAACUAGGGGAGCUGCCAAUGUUGCCUGAGCAUGUUCAGCAGAACCAUCGGGUUUUAUGUCUUACUGCACACUCGCUAAUCAUGUUUGCGUCAUUCUAGUUGCGGCUGCGCGUGGUGGUACUUAUAAUUAUGUUGAAGUAGGAAUAUGCGAUGUAUACUCCUACCUCGUUCUUCUUUCCGACAUUAUUCCCUGUAAUUUGAAAUGUUCGCACGUAUAACAUUUGUCUGAAUAGUGACGUACACAUUAGUACAGUUUUCUCUCGGUCUCUAACGUCACCGAUUUAGUAUCGAAAUUAGUACUGUUAAUUGCCAACAUUUACCUACAACUUAAAAGGCAUAUUCGUCUUUCCGCAAUAGUAAGAUUUAUUGAAAAUGCUUUCACCGAGAAUGUAGUAUGGUAUCUGUCUGUUUUACUUGUUUUCGGUCUAAAAGGACCCUGAUUUAUACGUACCUUUUCUACUUCUAGUAAACUAUAUAGCACUUCAAAUAGAGCAUGAAACCAGUAGUUUCUUUGCGAGCAUUUAACACGCCCAAACAGAAGCGAACAUCGCCCUGAGGCCUUUCUUAAGGGUACUUCGAGAAGGACCGUUCGAAAACAUCAACAAUUUGAAUGGUGUUCAAACCUGAUUGCCACUACCACAACUGUUAGGCUCUUCUAGAGUCUAUUAUGACUUUUCCCGCCUCGUAUGUCUGAUUGGAAUAACGGCAUUAAUCGCAGUCUUAUUUUUUGUUAUAAAGUUUAUCCCAACCGUACUUUCGCGUGAUUAAUGACCAACACAACAUUCCGUCAGCCACAGCGUCCCACGUUUCGACACACAUACGGGGACAGUAUCUCGUAUCUCUGACAUUUCGGCUACGUCAUGUGCGGCAUCUGCAUGUUUGUUUCCGUCUGAAUAUCGCUUGAGAUUUCACCCAGAUCUUUGUUGCUGAUUUGGCUAACAACUUCCAAACCGAAAACCACGUUGUUUAGCUUUUGCCUGAGUUGCCGAAUUAGUUCUAUUCUGACGACCACUUAAAAACUGCAAAAUUGGGAAGGCUGCAGUGGAAUUUGCCUUUUUACCUGCCAGCGCAUUUCAAAAUUUUGGCAUAGUGAUGGCCGCUCGAAUCUGUAGCUCAUGUCAAGACCAAUAGAACGCAUGUACGAGGCUACCGCUUAACGUCUAAAACCAACUCUUAAUGUGUACUACUGCAGAACGAUUGUCCUUAGAUCCUCUAUGCGCUGCUUUAAGAAUUGAACCCGGAUUUUCCUCUCCCGCGGUCUCGUUCAGUUUUCGCCUGAUUCAAAUCGGGUGUCAUGGAGAACUCUGUCUUUGGGGCACAUCGCCUUAGGGUUUGAUAUAUGCUGACAGGUUUAUGUAGGCGUGCACGCCUGUAAUAUAAUGUCUGGGUCACGUACUUCCCUUGUUGACGACAGUGCGCGUCUGACUGAAGUGUCCAGCACACAACUGUACGGAAGCAUAUUUGCGCUUGUCAAGAAAUCCGCGGUAACUGCUUAGGCCUGUUCCGCGUUGUAGGUCCUCAACAUCACGGACGUUCGAUCUGCGUAUUCUCGAGUAACGUUAAGCCAUUUAGCCCACAAGCCGCUUAGACCGAAGACAUCGGGUCUAAAGAUGCGCACGAAGCCAUCUCUCACUACGCCCAUCCUUAUCCUUCGUUUUCCGACACUGUCGUCGAACAAGGCCGGGACCAAGCGAGAAAUAAAGUUGGUUGAUGUCACCCUCAGUUCGGAAUAGCGCAUGUCCGGAUUAUCCCCGUCUUCCUUAGAGACGCGAUCCAAGAGCACAAUUCGGAGAAGAGUGUGCAGUCUAUAUAGAUUGAAAAGUUCCUCUAGUCAUACGCCUCGUGGACUUGCGGACCAUGCCUCACAUCCGUGAGACAGAUUCUGUUGACGGAGGCUACGUAUGCAUGUAACUUGGUCUGCAGUUUAGUCUUAUGAUGAUUCCAGAGGUUUCGACUAAGUCCGACGGAGACUGCGCCCUCCUGAUUGGUUCAAUGGCCGAUUUCAUCAUUACCCUACUGUUUAACAAAUGGUUUGGACCACUAGACAAGCGCUACCUUUUCUUCGGGUAAUUUUAGUUUCAAGUCAUCUACUGCCUUAGGAUCUGUCUGGGACACUGCACAUUCUAUUUCUGCACGGGCUCCACAACAUCAAUGUUUCCCACACGUGUACUUCUUGUGACACGACCUACCCUAUUACUUGAAUUGUCCGCCUGUACAUGUUGGAGAAAGCAGGACUGAUAAAUGCCAAUGACACCGAUGAAGUCAUUCCUAACGCCAUCCACACAUGCAUUGUGCCGUGUUACUGAGCUUCGAUGAGGCGCAGUAUUUUUUGUGGCAUGUCAUCUGGCAGUAUGGUCGACUGCUGGCAAUCCAAGUGAAAGUCCAUGAAACAGAAGGGAGUUGGUCGUUGAGAGCGUUGAUGAUUUUGGAGGACUCGACGAAACUAGCAGUGCUGCCUAAAACGUCGCGUUUCGACCGACCAAAAUGCACCCUUUUUUCUUGUUUCUUCUUGUCAAGUCGUGUUUACUCGCGGCGGGGGUUUUGUCGUCCGAAUAUUCAGUUAAAAUGAGAACUGUCUUUUGCAAAAUUCCCCAUGGAAAAUUUAUACGUUUGUGUUUGCUUUUGACCGCAUGUCUCACCAGUCGAACGAAUGCGUUUCUUCUACUUUCAAAGGUUCUUAGGUCCAUACUGAUUGUUUCAAUGGUAGAGGCCAAGUACUGUACCUCACUACUUUUGUUAACUCGUGGUACAUUCGUCAUGCGCAGCUAUCCUUUAUAGCGGAGUGUCCAUUCGGUUUUGUCUCCCCAAUCUCUUGAUAUUACUCUGUCCUUGCCGUCAUUUCAGUAGACGUAUAUACACAUAAUUUUCCCGUGGCAUGUUUAGAACGGGUUAAUGCACAGUAGAGCUCCUGCUCCUAUCGUUCCUGCAAUUAGACUAUGCAUCUCAACUUUCCUCCGCGAACAUUGCUCUUGUCAAAAUGUGCCAAAGCCAAGUACGGCCACGUUUACUGCUUUUCGCAGUCAGUUUUCGAUAAUCGAUCUUGUUAUCUUGACGCGCCCUGACUGAAUAAGAUGUAUAUCUAACUUACCAGCAAGAAAGGUAGUUUUGAUGCUGUCAAUGCACUCAUGAGAGGAUGUCUUAGAUUUAAACGCUCGAUUAUACCAUGCCUUUUAGAUGAAUCGCCCGCCAUUGGGAAAUCAGUUCUAUAUCUUGCACAACGGUGCGGUUGGCCCCAUGCCCACACCGCCACCCAAUGUGAUGCAGGUCCGCAGUCUGGCUGACAGGCAAGCCGUCACUCCUCAAGCUAAUGGUCUGACAGGCAUCGCUGCGCGUAAGUUUCUUCGAUCACACACCUUGCUGGCCUGUUGGUCAUCACCAGAAGCUUUUUAG